CAAGUAUAAGUGCACUGUUAGCACAAUGCAGCCAACGUCCUGGUUGAUGCUUCUAGAAGCCGUUGUCAUAGUAGCAGUAAACGUCAUCACCAUCGUCAUAUUCACAACUACUUCGCGCCUGCGCAGUCGACAAUACGCACUGAUCGUCAGUCUGGCWGUASCUGAUCUGUUAGUGGGUUUGCUGUCAGUCCCCUUGCAAAUUGUAUCUCAGGAAAUCCCGACAUUKAAGUUCCCAUCGCAAUUUUCAAAGGCAAACUUGGUACAAGAUACGGUCCUUGGAACGGCUUCCUUAUUUGGUUUGGCAGCGUUAGCCAUUGAACGAGCACAUGCGACAUACUUCCCWUUCAGCCAUCAUACAUUGAGUAAAGGAUCAUAUGCUAUUGGUAUUGCAGCGGUUUGGGCACUAACAUUGGCCAAUGGCAUUGUACUAUAUCAUACRAUAACCACUCACUUUCCAUAUUACGUAAUAGCAAAAAUCGUGUCUGCCGGAAUCACGCUAACUGUCAUCUGCGGUGCGUAUGUUCUUAUCGUCGUAAAAGUGCGUUGCAUGUCGAGGACAAGUCAUCAGGCGACAACACAAGGCAAUAAAAAGCUUACCACAACACUCUCUAUUGUUACAAUCAUCAGUCUUGUGACUUGGGUGCCUUACCAAGCAAUGCUGUUAGCAUUUGUAGCGUUCGGCACCAAAGUUACAAACUUAUAUUGGACGUUUCGCACCAUCAGCAAAGUUCUCCAUUACGGCAACUCUUUGGCAAACUUCUUUGUYUACGCAUUUCGCAUGCGMGAAUUUAAAGUAGAGUUGCUGCGUAGAUUCAGGUGGGGUAGUCGUCAAGUGUCACCAAACGAUGGUACAAGAGGUGAAAACAGCAUGAAAACACGGUCARUCAUUGAUUUACCGAUUCCUUUGCAAUCACAAAGGUAACUAACUUACUUCAUCAAUCUCCGGCCAACAAGAACCCGAAUUCUCUCAAUCGACAGAGAAUAGGAAACAUGAAAGGAAUAAAAAAAUUGUACUUGAACAGAAUAAUAUACUUUUAUUCAAACUAGCAACAACACCAAACUCAAAAAAAUUAAGCUUUGCACAUGGCAACAGAAAGUGUGCCAACAAUC